GGGCCUCUCCCACCCCCACUAAUGUGCCGUAGAGCGAGAGGGGCCGUUUUCGGGGACCCCCAGCCUCUCCCGCAUCCCUUUCACAAAAUGUGCAGUUGGGAGGGUCACGUCGAGAAGGCGCGGAGCGGGUGGGAAAGACAGAGACCCGCGGCUGGGCGAGGAUAUCGCUUGGUCCUCAGACCCCCGCGCACAGCUGACACGGUGGGGGUCAGGCUCCGGCCGCCGAAGCGGGGACGGCGGUGGUGGUGGGGCUUGUGCGCGCCUCGGAGCACUCGGAGCUGUGCGGUCAGAGGCGGGCGGACUCCUGGGCAGCCGCGCCGCCCAGCACCGCAACGAGCGCUAUGAGCCCGCCUUCCCUGAAGCCUGCGCAUUAGCGCCGGAGCCUCUUUAAAGCAGGAGCGGGGGCCGCGGUCACGUGAGACGGAUUCCUGGAAAGUUCCUGGAAAGCGGCCUCCGCAGCAGCCGGGAGGGGCGCCCUGAGAGCGCGGACAGGGGAGGGAGGCGGGGAGCUAGGGAGGCGCGCGGGGCUGGGAAGUCGCGCGCACACCCGGCUCCGGGGACAGACGUUUAACUCUUGCCAUGUCUGGCCGCCGCCACCGCGGCUCACGGGCCUUGGGCUUCCCUUGAAGCAUGAACCUCCUCGCCCGCCGCAACCGGCGCUGCGCGGGCCGCGGACAGUGCGCCCCCGGGCCCGGUGCGCACAGCCUCAGGAUCCCCUGCGCCCGCAGCCCGGGCGCCGGAGGAGCUCGGUCGGGGGUUGGCGGCAGGCAAACUGUGGGUGACCGCGCCUGCGGGGGACUUUGCCGUCCGUCCACUGGGACCUGGGGAGGAAACGCCAGAAGCCUCCCAUCCCCUCCCCCUCCACCAAUUCGGAUACCCCGCAGAGACUCGCUUUGGGGUUCUCACUGAUUUCCAAGAAGGACGCGUGCCCCUCUCUGAUCCCAGCGCGGGCGGCCACCUGUCUUUGCCGCGGUGACCCCUCUCCCAUGACCCUGCGGUGUCUCGAGUCCUCCGGGAAUGGCGCGGAAGGGACGCAGAGCCAGUGGGGGACCGCGGGGUCCGCGGAAGAGCCGUCCCCGGAGGCGGCGCGUCUGGCGAAGGCCCUACGGGAGCUCAGUCAAACAGGUUGGUACUGGGGAAGUAUGACUGUUAAUGAAGCCAAAGAGAAAUUAAAAGAGGCACCAGAAGGAACUUUCUUGAUUAGAGAUAGCUCGCACUCAGACUACCUACUAACAAUAUCUGUUAAAACAUCAGCUGGACCAACUAAUCUACGAAUCGAAUACCAAGAUGGGAAAUUCAGGUUGGACUCUAUCAUAUGUGUCAAAUCCAAGCUUAAACAGUUUGACAGUGUGGUUCAUCUGAUCGACUACUACGUUCAGAUGUGCAAGGAUAAGCGGACAGGCCCAGAAGCGCCCCGGAACGGCACCGUUCACCUUUAUCUGACCAAACCGCUCUACACAUCAGCCCCGCCUCUGCAGCAUCUCUGUAGACUCACCAUUAACAAAUGCACCGGCACCAUCUGGGGACUGCCUUUACCAACAAGACUAAAAGAUUACUUGGAAGAAUAUAAAUUCCAGGUAUAAGUGUUUCUCUUUUUCUAAACAUGCCUCCUAUAGAGUAUCUCCGAAUGCAGCUAUGUAUUAAAAAAAAAAAAAAAAAAAAAAAAGAACCAAAA